UAGCAACUGGAAAAGAUAAGUACACUAGAGAGGGGGCAGUAAAAUAUUCAGUUCAUAUAACUAUAUAUUUAGUAUGUAAAUGAGAUCGCCGAAGGAUAGAAAAAAAAAUAUUGUGCUUGAAGAGACUGAAGAUUUGUGGUUUUAGUUAAAAAUUAGAGAAACAUGAAGGUCCUGCUCUGUUUAGCAGGGACCCUAUUGGUGGCAACUGCGUCACCUGAGGGAUACUAUCACCAAGAGUACAAUUACAAAACAUCUGCAUCAUCGUACAAGAACAACGAACUACAGCACCAAACAGACGACAGAGGUUACUACAGCAAAUCUGGUGAUUUGGAAGGACGGGUUAAACCUAAAAUCAAAUCUGACAGUGAACAUUCCGAAUAUAUUAACCCUAGAUUAAGAGAAGGCUACUAUGAUGGAAAUGCAGCAGAUUUGAACGCCAGAAGUGCCCAUUUGUCUAACGGCUAUGGGCUAGCUGCCGGAGGAUCUGCAUCCAGUGCUUAUCAAGCUGGAUCUCAGUACGCAUCUCAGUAUGGGUCUCAGUACGGAUCACAGUACGGAUCUCAAUACGGAUCUCACCGUGGAUCGGAAUCAGUCUCAUCCAGUGAUUACUUAGGAGCGCUCAACAGUUAUCACGGUUCCCAAGGUUCAAGCAGCCAAUACAGCUCUUCGGCAUUGAACAGCGUAGCUUCUCGUCUACAAACCGAUUUACAACACGAAUUAGAAUCAGCUGUCCGAGGCCAGUCCCAGUACUCAAACAGAGUUGACGUUUCCGAGUUAGAAUCAGAAUUGCGUAGAAAUUUGACAGACAGAUUAAAUCAGCUCCUUCAGGAACAAUUCGGGACUCAAACCAUUCGGGGGGGACAAUCUUACAGUUUGGUGGGCGGUAGAAUUCAAAAUAGGCCCAAUUACGAACAACAAGAAUUGGUGAAUUUGCAAAAUAGGUUGGAGGAUAGUCUGCUGCAGCAACUCAGAAGAGAAUACUCCUACAGAUAUUCUGGACAGCAAUCUCAAUCUUCCUAUGAUGAAAACUAUGACAGGUAUGACACCACAUCCUACAGACCGAUCUAUCCUAGCCUGAACAGUAUUACUACCACUCAAAGACCGUAUCCUAGUUAUCCGGGAGUGAAAUAUGCACCUGAGAGAUACCAACAGUCAGAGAGAGAUUACAACAGGGUUUCAAACAUCAGAUACACUCCUGUAUCCAACCCACAAUCAAUCACCACCAUAGCUUCCAACGUCCAGCAUCGCUUAGACUCCCAACUGAACAGAAUCUUGGAGGACUCACAAUACUUCUCUGAAAGUUCUGGCUACAGCUCUUACAACUUCGAUGUUCUCCUCAACAGACUUAGGGAGGAAUUGAAGAAUAACAUCACCAAUAUCCUCAAUGACGAGAUCCGUCAACAAUAUGGCACUCAAACGACUAAAGAUGGGUAUUUGUACAGCGUGGGCUCGUUAGGCCAAAUCAGUGACCAAUACAACUACAAUGAGGCUGAUUUGGAGAGUCUUAGAAGACAGGUUGAAAAUAAUUUGGUGACUAAGUUGAACAGGGAUUUCGAAUCAGCCAGACAAAGAUGGGUGAGUCACCAACAAUCUCAAUCCCAAUACAGCCAGAGCAGCAACCAGAGAUACUCAAACGCCAACUAUGGAUCAGACCUCUACGGCAGCAGAAUCCAAAAUUCCGGCAUCAAAACCGGAAGUGGGUAUGGAUACGUUGCAGGCUCCCACCAAUCAGGCUACGAGACUUCAGGUUUGAGCAGCUCUAACCUUGCCAGUCUUCAAAGCUUACAGAACGAACUCAGUAGACAACUCCAAGCUGCCAUAACCCAAAAUAAGCAAUACACGAAUGUCUAUACAUCACGUGGUGGGUACGGAAGUACAUAUGACGAAGCCUACCAAAGACUCUACGAAGAACUUCAAAGUAACCUCACCAGACAAUUGCAAGACUUCCUAUCUGAAAGCGGAUAUUCUUCUGUAUACGGUGAUUCACAAUUGGCCAGUUUGAAGUCGCAGCUGCAAAACAGCUUGGCCAGUCAACUUCAGCAAGGAUUGCAACAGAGUUACAGUGCUUCAGCUUCGUACAGCGCUAGUUCGGGAAGCAGUGCUUCUGCAGGAGGAGCUGCUUAUAGCAGCUCAGGAGGAGAGUCAUAUAGAGCAGCUAGAGGAUAUGAUCAAAGCAGCGUAUGUUGCACACAAAGUUACAGAAGAAAAAGAAGUUACGGAUACCGUAGCAGACCAGUAGGACUGUCAACAUACGGAGGCACUGGAGGAUAUGGAGGUUACAACGGAUACAACGGAGGUUACAGUAGCCCUGCAGGCGGUUACGGCGGCAACUACGGAGGUGCCGGUCUAGGAAGCAACUACAACUCCAACCAACAAAGACCAGUCGAAGUAGGCCAAGAAGAAGACGAUUCUGACUUAACCCAGCAAGUAGAGCCUGUAGAAGCAUUUAAUAACGAAAAUUCCUUUCAAACAGGCCAGCAAGUCGACGAUUCAGAUACUCAACAAGUGGAAGUCGAUGACGGAUUUACCUCGGGAUUUACCGGCCAACUCAAUAGUGCCAACCAACAAAAACCUGUCGGACAAGAAGUCGAUGUUGGUCAGCAAGAAAUUGAUGUGGGACAAGUAGAAGACUCAGACAAUACUUUUGGUAGUGCAGCAAAUAAGCCCAACCAGCAAAACAACCUUGGUGGGUUUACCGAUCUCCAAAUUGGAUCUCAGAGUGGCGCUAGACAACCAACUUUUAAUCAGCCACAAUCUCAGACACCUUUGCAAAGGCCAAUUUCAAAUCUGGGUGGUUUUGAUAAUGUUCCUGUGGUAUCUCAGCCCACAACUGGGCAAACAAAUUCCUUCAAUCAACCACAACCGACACAAAGACCUUUUCAAAAACCAAACUAUGGUAUAUCCUUUAAUCCAAACCAAGGUAGUUUUAAUAACGCUCCUAUUGGAUCUCAGCCAGGAACUGGACAAACUUCCUUCAACCAACCACAGCCAGUAAGACCUUCAUAUGGAUCUUCAACGUUCAACACGAAUUUAGGAAGUUUUGAUAAUGUACCUGUUCAAUCCCAACCAACAAACGUUGUGCAACCACAAACUUUUCCAAACCAAAAUAAUCUUGAUGCUCAAAGACCUAUAGAAACGAGUCAGGGUACGGGGCUGAAUAUUGAACCAAUAGGAUUUCAAAACCCCAUCCAGCCAAAUCCUCUAAGUACAAACAGUCAGCCAUCGCCAACACCUAGCCAGGGUCCUAACUAUUCCUAUUACAUUCCUGGUGCCUUAGAUAGAGAUGUUGGCCCUUCAUUUAACUUACAACCAGGCUCCCAUACUGUCGGUCAAACCCAGCGAGGAGAUCAGACCCCUGUAAAUGGAGUGAAUUCGGUUACUCCUCAAACUUCUCCUAAACCUGUAGAGGGACAGCAAGUUAUCCCAACAGACGACUUAGGUCAACAAGUUGAAGAUACGGAUUUUGGAAGCUUCCAGCCAGUAGUUCCUGAAAAUGCUCCGAAAUAUCCUCAGUACACUGGGGAAUACAAACGAUUAUCUUCCUUAUAUCUCCAACCACAAUACGAAAGUAUUACUAGAGACAUCUUACUGACCUGUUCAAGAGAGUUGACUGCGACAAUUCAGAUUGAAGUGCCUCAGAAAGAGAUCUCGAGACAGACUUACGAAGAACUGUACCAAUCGUUGAAUAGUAACAUCACUAGUCAAUGUCAAAAGAGAUUGAGUAGUAUUAACCCCGAGCAAUAUAGAGAAAUUGAAGAAUUCUUACAAUAUAAUUUGUAUCAAAAACUCGUCGGCGAACUUUUGAAAGCGGGGUUUCCGAAAGAAACUCUUGGAGUAGAAGUUAACGUUCAACCAACAACACCUUCGACGUAUAAUUACUAUUCCACUGGAAAUAGAUAUCCCCAAAAUACUUUUGUACGUCCACAACAAUCUAAUACUUUCAUACAACGAGAAAUUAACUCAGGAUUAGGAAACAACAAUCAGCCUUUUGGUUACUCUUCGACUCAACUACCUUCCUUACAAGACAGACCAGUUUCAAACAUUCCUUCUUUUUCACAAACAUCAAAUAGAGAAAGACAACCUUCUAAUCCUUAUCUAGCACUAGCUGAAGCUGAAGCAGAUCAGCUUAUCAACUUUCUAAAAAACAGACAGAAUAAACAACCAGUUACAACACAGAGAACCAGCACCACUACAGCACAAACUCUUUACGAAAAAAUUCCAUACUUAGCUCCUAGUUUCCAAGAUGUUUCAGCUCAAAUACCUGACAUAAGCUACCCAGAAUAUAAAAACGUAGUACAAUUAGAUGAAGAAUUGCACGAAUAUAUAGAUACAUUCAUCAAUAAACAAGUUCAGAUUGCUAGGGAUAAUCGUUUAACAGUUGAAGAAGCUUACCAAACAGUUCUUCUAACUUUGGAGGAAGAAAUUCAAAGUCUAGUAAGAGAUACUUUGGUAGGAAGCAAGCCAGAAGUACAGAGAUUUUACAGUAUAAUCAAGGGAAAGUUGAGAAAAGAACAGAGUCAACAACUCCAAGAGUACUUGAUAGUUCGCUUGAAUGAAUCUGUUAGAAGACAGCUGAAUAGCAUUUAUGUAUCUCAACCCGACUCUUCACAAUCUUCCUACAAAAUCCCGUCUUAUGAAACCUUGAGAGGUCAGAUUACUGAUUUGACACCUGAUGAAUACGAAAAUAUCAAACAGUUGGAUGUGGAACUUCAAAAGUAUAUCAAUAAGAUACUAGAGAACCAAGUCAAACUAGCUCAACAACAGGGUUUAGACAAUAUUGAAGCUUAUGCUACAGUUUUACACACUUUGGAAGAACAAAUAGUGACAUUGGUUCAGAGUACUUUAAGAGGAAGUAGACCGGAUCUGGAAACAUACUCCACUCCACUCAAAAACAAACUGACCAAAGAACAACAAUUACAACUGAGGGAGUUCUUGAGCACAAACUUACAAGAAUCUGUUUCUAAACAACUCACUAAAAUAUACGGCGCUGACUCUGAAACCCAAACUACUUUCUCAACUGUACAAAGUACUCCCUCGGUACUAACAGUCUCUUCAACACCAUCGCCCGAUUCCGUCCAAGCUCAAAUUUCUGGUCUAACUCCUAACCAGUAUCAGACAGUUAAAGAUGUGGAUUUAGAACUGAAAAAAUACGUUAACGAUUUGAUUGCAAAUCAAGUAAAGAUUGUUCAAUCACAGAAUUUGUCCCCUGAAGAAGCUUACACUACGGUACUUCACACUUUAGAGGCUGAAAUUGAAAGUUUGGUCCAAGGAACCGUCAAUGGAAACAGGCCUGAACUUCAGAGAUAUCUUAGUUCUAUCAGAAACACUUUUAACACAAAACAGUACCAAGAACUACAACAGUACCUUGUUAUAUCUUUGGAUUAUACUGUAACUCGUCAACUGAGCACAAUAUACACCAGUGUACGUCCAACAUCUGCGCUUCCUGUAUACCAACCACCUUCCUAUGAAUCUUUACAAAACCAAAUAACCAAUUUGAAUUCAAACCAAUAUCAAACUGUCAGAGACUUAGAUGUUGAAUUACAAAAAGACAUUGACAGGAUCAUCGAAAGACAAGUAUCUUUAGCCAAACUGCAACAUUUAUCUCCCGAGGAAGCUGCGAAUUCGGUAUUUCAUACGUUGGAAGUCGAAAUACAAACUCUAGUUCAAGGUACUCUUCAAGGAAAUAGACCUGAGCAACAAAGAUACUACAGUUUAGUUCAAAACCAGUUUAGUGCUCCUCAAGUUCAAGAACUAAAAGAUUAUCUGAUCCUGUCUCUAACUUACACAACUAAAAGACAGCUAAAAAAUAUAUACAAUCUCAGUGAUGAAUUUUAUAGUGUAGAAAAAACAUACAAGCCACAAUAUAAAGUAAUCAGAGUGAGAUUAGAGAAUAUUACAACUACCCAGUACAAAAUUAUUCAGCAAAUAGAAGCCGAAUUCGCUCAACAAGUUACUGAUGCUAUUGCCAAUCAAGAUUGGUCAGGUUAUGGUGACCUGAGCUCUUAUGACAAGUACCAACAACUCACUACUAAACUCGAACAAGAAAUCCAGAAGAAUCUCACGGAGUUCAUUGCUGGAACUGCUGAACCAGGCUUGAGCAAAUACUCAGAACUGAUAGACAGAAACUUUGAAAAGAGUAAAAUACCUGACGUUCAAAAAUACCUCGAAAUCAGACUGAUUAAAAGAAUCAGAGAGCAACUAACUCAGAAAUUCAACGUGAACUCGGGUAGGUCUGAGUAUAGAUUCCACCAUUCAAGCCAACAUAUUACUAAUUUCGGUCAGGUACAGCAAGUGAAUCCUGAACAGACAGAAGAUAUUGAACCACUGUCUUAUCAACACGCGACUGUGGUGCAGUCGCCUGGAUUGGCAUCAGAACAUCAAUCAGUGGCGGGUAAAAGUGGGGAUAUUGAAGUAAUAUCGCCUACUAGUGAAGAACCUGUUGAAUCUUCAACAGAAAGUAAAGGCUGGUGGUCAAAGUUUGGAAAUAAAGUUAAAUCACUCAAGCAAAAGAUAGUGGGAUGAUUUCAAGUGGAAAAUAUAUGAAUGAAUUUGUAAUAUAGUUUAGUUUUAAGUUAUUAUAAAAUCCUAGAAAUAUA